AUGAAGUACAAUUACAAGCCAUCGUUGAAAGAGUUGCAAUUCAGUUUGAAGUAUCGUUCGAAAGAAUAUUUAUUGGAAAACAUCUUGCAUGGUGUUCCAUACUUCGUGGAUCCUAAGCGUCCUAAAUGGGAAAGAAUGAUAUGGUUCUCUUUGACGCUUGCCUCGGUUGUAGCAACUGCUGUGAUAAUCGUUAUCAUUUGGAAUAAGUUUCAAACAGAACCAACCAUAACUGGAUUAGAUAUAAUGACAGAACAUGUUAACGUCGAAUUCCCACAAAUCUUCCUUUGCUUCGAAUGGACACAAUUGAAUCACUCGUAUCUACACGAGGACGAAUUGUAUGCAUACGAACAGCUGUACAAUUGGUACAAGAGAAAGAAUAUUGAUUCGGAAGCGUUCUCGUCCUCUACAAAAGAGAACAAUUUUCAUAGUACGUUCGAGAAGAUGGCGCCCAACUGCGAUGACGUGAUCAUCAACUGUGCAUACAGGGGAAACAAAAAGCAGUGCAGUGAAAUAUUCACGAAAGUUCUGAAUUCCGCGGGCGCGUGUUGCAAAUUGAACCAUUUGGAACAUUUCAAGGCCACAGAUGUCGCCUUGAAUCUUCAAUUCGAAACUCGAGGCUCGAGUUAUCCAUGGAGACUUUACUUGAAGCAACACGUCGACUCGAGCCCGAAACCAGACGAACGGCCGAUAGUAACAGCCUACUUUCCCAUAGAGAUUGAAUUCAUAGCCGACAUAACCUAUGCUACCCCUGACAUUCGUUACUUAACGCUUCAUCAACGAGAAUGCUACUAUAAACACGAAGGCGUGAGUGUUAACGAUUGCGAGAUCGACUGUUUCAUGGAGAAAUUAUUCGCUCGUUGCAAGUGUCUACCGUGGUUUUCAUCGUUCACCGACAAAACAAAAUGUCCCCUUUCGAUGUACCCCUGUCUGUACAAUAGUAGCAUUGACAUGAACGAAUGUGAUUGCUGGCUUCCUUGCGACCAUACGUCGUACAGUGUGAGAGGGAUACUAAAAUCUGACAGUAACGUUAAUCGAAUUAUCUUAAAGAAUUGGCCGACAGCUCUUUAUAAGAGAGAAAUGAGAUUCGGGUAUAUGGAUUUGCUUGUAUCGUAUGGCGGUGUUGCCAGUCUUUUUUUGGGUUAUUCCUUGCUGACGACCGUGGAACUAGGCUACUAUUUUAGUCUCAGAACUUAUUGCGGUGCAGUAAUUCAAUCUUCUAGGAAAGAGUACAAUAUAAAAACUAUCCGUAUCGUAGGGAAGCUUCCGAGCAAAGUGGACGUGAAUGUUUAUCCGGGAUACUUUCGAUAUCUCGAUUAA